AUGUCUCAUGGAAGUGAAAUGUGGUGCUAUCACUGGAAAUGGAAGCUGCAUCACUGUCUCUACUUGUUUACCACAUAUAUUAUAUGCAUGCAGCAAGCAGCUCAUGGAUGCUAUGACUGUAGGACUGUGCUGACUGACCCCUCUGGAGUUUUCACUUCGCCAUGCUUCCCCAGUGACUAUCCCAACAGCCAAGCCUGCAAGUGGAUCAUCCGAGCACCUCAUGGAUUUAUCAUCCAGCUAACAUUUAUUGAUUUCGACAUUGAAGAAGCUCCAGGCUGCAUUUAUGAUUCACUGACAUUAGACAAUGGAGAAAGCCCAAUGAACCUUUGUGGCAUCACUGCCAAAGGAUUAUCCUAUAAUUCUACAGGAAAUGAAAUGAUUGUGUCAUUUAAAAGUGACUUCAGUAUCCAAAAGAAAGGUUUUAAUGCCAGCUAUGUACGAAUUGCCGUGUCCCUGAGGAAUCAGAAAGUCAUCAUUCCCCAGGUUCCUGACAUUGAUGCUGUGUCUGUGGCAGAGACCGUCUCAGUGCCAGAGCUCAGACAGUUUACACUGUGCUUUGAGGCAACCAAGGGCAACAGUGAUGACAACGACGACUGGAAGGUUUUCUCCUACACUGAUGCAUUGUUGAGAGAGCUCUUCAGCUUCGGGAAGACCACAAAAGGCCAUUUUCUGUCCAUCUCAGGCACACAGUGCAUCCUUAAGAAUGCAUUGCCCCGAAAUGCAGAGUUUUUCACAGGAACCUUUCAACAGCUGUGUGUUGUAUGGGACAGCUUCUCGGGCACUAUAGGUAUAUAUGCCAAAAACACCUAUCAUGUGGUGGACUGUCCAGAGAUCUAUGACAAAGUUAUCCCUGGAAAUGGGAGGCUGGUGCUGGGCUCUAACAGCAAUGAAGUGAGCUCUCUAAAUGGGGACAUUUACAACUUCCGCCUCUGGAAUUUCACCAUGAAUGCGCAAACACUGGCCAACCUCAGCUGCGAUGUGAAAGGAAACAUUGUAGACUGGGAAAAUGAAUUCUGGAGUAUUCCAACUUCAGCACUGAAAGCAGAAAACAAUUUGAGUUGUGGCUCAUAUCUAAUUCCCUCUUCUUCAAUUGAACCAACCAGUUGUGCAAACCUAGGAAGCCUUUGCCAAGCUACUGUAAAUGCUACUACUCCUACACCACCCACUGUCACCACUAACAUGCCCGAUACUAAUAGAAACGAUAAGCCAAACAAUGACCUGCAGGAAUUCAGACUUCCUGCAACAGUUAUCUUCAGAAUGAAGAGAAAUUCACCUGAAUUUUCCCAUUCACGACCACAGAGGCAGCAGGAAUCUAAGAUAGAAGGGAUCAAAACAAUAGGAAUUAUCUCAACCCCAAUUAUUUGGCCAGUGAAGCAAAGGCCCCUGAAUUUCAGUAAAAAUUCAGCAGAUGAUAACCCAGAGAGAAAAAGCCCAUACAGCUUGUUCCUUCCAACUUUGUCCACACCAUCUUCUUCUGAGGAGACCAGCAACAAAACCUUGUCUGCCUAUACAGAAAACAUCAGCCUAGGUUAUACUGUAACGAAUCAGUUGCCGAACGAAAAUAUUUUGAAUUAUUCUAGAAGUCCAUUCCAUGGUACUUCUGGUGCAGCUGAUGCAGCUACAGAGCUGCCUGUGAAUGCAGCAGUUCCUCUUCUUCACAGCAGAAAUCCCAAUGCAGAGCUAGCAAGGACUUUGGCAAGUAGGCUCCAUCUUUCUGACUCUGAGCCACCGUUCCACUCUCCUGUUAGCAGCAGCAGCAGCAGCACUGCUUAUGAACACAAAAAUGAAGCUCUGUGGACUUCAUCCUCCAACAGCGACACAAGCAAUUUCAUGCAUACAAGCAAUGUCUUGGAGCCUGUGAACUGGUGGAAUGAGCCUGUAUUUCAUCAUCAUAUCACCUCCGAUAUUCAAGGCAGACAUCAUUUUCUUUCUAGCAUGUCUGUACCACCUACAGAGGAGAAGCCACCAUUCCAAAAAAGUGGGCUAUUCUACAGGAUAUCAAUAGUUGUCUCUAGUUCCAACCCCAACUCAGUGGCAAAAGUACAUGAUGUCGUUGCAGAAUGGCUGAACCGUACUUUCCAGAACUGGAAUUACACUGUGUAUGUCGUCAAUAUCAGCAUCCACCCUGCCUCCAUAAGAGAGGGAGCAAGACAAAAAAGAAGUAUUAAAAGUUUCAGUGCUUUGGCUCUUCUGGUUUAUAAUUCUACCAACAAUAUCAAUUUAGAAGAGGAGGACAUCCGACAGAAGCUCAUAAGUAAUAAUCGAACCAUGGAAGAGGGAUAUCAACUUCAUACUGUGGAUGUUGAUCCAGUGGAAAAAUGUUUAGCUGAAGAAAACCCUCCAAACUAUUUUUGGCCAGAUACCAGGCCUACUGUGACCAACUUCACAUAUUGCCACGGGAGCUCAGUUCAGACUGCAUCAAGAACCUGCUAUUUGGGUCUGCAGAAUUAUACAUCAUACUGGGGUCAACCUGAUCUUAGAAAUUGCACAGAAAAUGCAGCAGAUAUUGCCAAUCAGCUUCUGAAUCUCACUGGUGAGGGGCAGCAGCUGACCUCAGACAAAGUAAAUGACGUUGUGCAGAAGCUCAAAAAAAUUGUGAAUGAUGAAGAAAUUGAUGAAUCUCUGGGUUCUACCGUGGUGACAAUUUUUUCCAAUAUUCUAGCCAGUUCAGACAGUGUAUUGGCAGCCUCAUCUUCAGAAGCUCUAAAAACUAUUGAUGCCUUGGCUUUAAAGAUCCAUUUUGCUGGACCAUCCAUGAGUAUUUCAACACGAAAUCUCGCACUUGGAGUGUCUUCUAUAAAUUCAACUUCAUUCAAAGGUGGUGCUUUCAGCGUCAGUCCACAGAAUAAUGCAUCUGAUUUCCAGAUAGAUUUUGACAAGGAUCAGACAAGUGCCAUCGCUUCUGUUGUUCUGCCACCAAGUUUACUGAAGAAUUUAAGUCAAGACGAGUUUGAAGUUAUAUCCAGGGCUCAGUUUACUUUCUUCAAUAAAAAUGGUCUUUUUCAGGAUGCAGAAAAUCCUGCCAAUUUGACCAGUUUCGUGGUAGCAUGCAGUAUUGGAAACUUAACCAUUCAGGAUCUUCAGGAUUAUGUGAAGGUUACAAUCAAGCAUACCAAAAUUCAGGAAGAUCCUAAACCUACCUGUGUCUUCUGGGAUAUGAACAAAAAUGGUGGCAGUGGUGGCUGGAACCCUGCGGGCUGCCUGGUGGAUGCAGAGUCCAAUGAAAAUGAAACUGUGUGCUUAUGCAACCACCUCACACAUUUUGGGGUCCUAAUGGACCUGCAGAGAGCCGUGACGCAAAUCGACCCACAGAACACCAAGGUCCUGACCUUUAUCACUUACAUAGGCUGUGGAAUAUCUGCUAUAUUUUCAGCUGCAACUCUUCUGACAUACAUUGCGUUCGAGAAGCUACGACGAGAUUAUCCAUCCAAAAUCCUGAUGAAUCUGAGCACAGCCCUGCUCUUUCUUAACCUGAUUUUUUUGCUUGAUGGCUGGAUUGCAUCCUUUGAUAUUGAUGGCCUCUGCAUAGCUGUGGCUGCACUUUUGCACUUUUUUCUUCUGGCCACCUUUACAUGGAUGGGACUGGAAGCUGUUCACAUGUACAUUGCUCUAGUGAAGGUGUUCAACACGUACAUACGGCGAUACAUACUGAAGUUUUGCAUCAUUGGCUGGGGUUUGCCAGCUCUGGUGAUAGCAAUUGUUUUAGCAAGUGCUAAUACAAAUGCAAGUCGUAUUUAUGGCAAGCAGUUAUAUGGCAGAGAUGCAAGCGGGCAAGGAGGAGAUGACUUCUGCUGGAUCAAGAACGAAGUUGUCUUUUACGUGACUUGUGCCGGCUACUUUGGAAUCAUGUUUCUAAUGAAUGUCGCCAUGUUUAUCGUGGUGAUGGUGCAAAUCUGCGGGAGGAACGGGAAAAGAACCAACCGGAGCCUCAAGGAAGAGAUCCUGAGGAACCUCCGCAGCGUGGUCAGCCUGACCUUCCUCCUGGGCAUGACAUGGGGCUUUGCCUUUUUUGCCUGGGGUCCCUUAACUCUUGCUUUCCUGUACCUCUUCUCAAUUUUCAAUUCAUUGCAAGGUUUGUUUAUAUUUGUAUUCCAUUGUGCUAUGAAAGAAAAUGUGCAGAAACAGUGGAGGAGACAUCUCUGUUGUGGCAGAUUCCGACUGGCAGACAAUUCAGAUUGGAGCAAAACAGCAACCAAUAUUAUAAAGAAGAGUUCCGAUAAUCUUGGGAAAUCCUUAUCCUCUAGUUCCAUUGGCUCCAAUUCAACUUAUCUAACAUCCAAAUCAAAAUCUACGACGAAUACAUAUUGCAAACGAAACAGCCAUACAGAGAAAGUUUUUCUUGACAAGCCAUCUUCAAAAUUUGCCCAGGAGGAUGGAGAACAGACAUCAAUCAUCCCUGUCCAUCAGGUUAUUGACAAAGUCAAAGGAUACUGCAAUCCUCACUCCGACAGCUUCUAUAAAAAUAUCAUGUCCGACACAUUUAGUCGCAGCACAAAGUUCUAACUGGGUUUCUGAUUUGCUGUUUUUUUAAAUCAAAGGAAUACAAAAUGUGUGCCUGGAAUUGAGAAUAUUGAAUGUCAUAAAAUGUGAUCUGUUCAGUUAUUUUUUCCCAGUUUAUAGUGUUCUCCUGCAAACAGCUUCCACUUAAGGACUGAUUUUUUUAAGUUUUUACUGUUGUGGAAAAUGACAGUUUUUUACCAUGGUAUUGAGCUGUUUUUAAAUGUGUGCCAGCCAGCAUGAUGCCUGGACAGCUAAUUAUAAUCUUGUAAGACUGAAGAGCCACAAGCCUAACUUAAAAUAAUAUAAUCCAAACAGAAGCAAGUCUUGACUCCUGGAGAAAAUAGCAGACAUGUCAUGCAAUACAGACAAGCUUUUAUUGAGCAAUUUUAUGAUGGUCUUUUUGUUUUGAAAAAUAUGGAUUUUCCCUAUGGCACUUGUUAGAUUCUUGCUUCUUGAAUGUCUAGUGCUCUUUAUUCAUGAGUGAAUAAAACCCUACCACCACUUAAAGGGUUAUUUUAAAACAUUUUUGCCUAAAUAUACCUGAUCAUGCAAACCUUACUCACCAAAACAGCAUAUGCUGUAAAUGCAGGCAAAUUUGUAUCCAUAUACAUAGAAAAACAGUCUUCACAGAGUUGUGUCUCAGCAUUUAUUGAUUGGUAUGCAUGAAAUGCAGUGUCUUCCAUCUCAAGUCUGUGUUUAGUGUUCUUUUUUCACAAAACAAAAUAACAAAAAGGCAUUCAACUAUAUAUAGUUAUACAAACAUAUACCUAGAACUCUCUCUACACAUAUUUUUUAUAACAAUACACACAGUAAAUAUGACAGUGUAUACCAGAGACAAUCUAAAAACUAUGGACGGUGCUAAAAUUUAAGUCUAAAUAUUUAAAUGCAAGAUGAAUUCUUUGUAAACCCAUGAGUGUCAAUCUCUGUACUUCACAAAUACUGUAUGUAUAGACACCUCCAUCAGAUGGCAUUGCAACAUUAGGAUAACCUGGAACAUGUUUACCAAAAAUAAAUAACAU